AUGCCCGUUCCAUCCGAUGCGGGGUGCUCCACCCAUAGCUCAAUCGGCGAUGGGACGAAAAGCGUGGGCUUUGAUCUACCAACUCGGAGUCUGGGUUCGGGGGAUCCAGGAGACGGAGACCACCUACUAUCGUUAUAUUAUCGAUAUUUUUACACUGCGCAUCCGUGUGUAUUGCCGCAGUUUGCCCUCAGACAAUAUGCGGCUAGUGAUGGCGGGGCAGUUGAGCCGCUGUGUACGGUUCUGCGGUUUAUUGGCUCUCUACAUAAUGCAUCCGUCUCGUCUUCGCCCUUGAAGGAGAAAGCCGAGGGAGAAUUGGCAGCUAUCCGCCGUAGCAGUCGAACAGUCACGGGAUUUGAUGUCCAGGCGGUGCUAUUAUACUCCAUCGCGGUGUACUGGUGCGACGAGACGAAAAAGGGCCUGGGUAUGCUUGACCUCGCUAUCCAACUGGCUCUUGACCUUGGCAUGAACCGAAGCGACUAUGCUGUCCAGAACGGACGCCAUGACCCUAGUCUUGAAGAGAGCUGGCGCCGGACUUGGUGGCAGAUUUAUAUUACCGAUGCCCAUAUUGCCGGGAGCACACAUACUUAUCCUUUCCGCACUACUGGCAUACACAUGACUGUCUCACUGCCUUGUGAGGAGGAGGAAUAUGAGUCCGGGAAUAUCCCACCUGCAAGUACGCUUGAAGAAUACGAUAUGCGCGAGUUCGCGGAUGAGAAUACACGAGGAUUCUCCUCCUUCGCGGAGCUCGUGGGACUGACCAGGAGUUUGGACCUCGCUCUUGCUCCGAGAAAGGACCUGGAUAUUAAGAAUGUUACUGCCGUAAGUGCCAAUGUUGAUGCCACGGUCGCCUCAUGGACAUCGCUUCUCCCGCCGUCCAAGAAGACGGUAUUUCGCCCGGACGGUACCCUGGACGAGGUUCUCUUUAAAGCAAAUGCUAUCCUCCAUACAUGGAUUGUGGAUCUACACCGUCAGCUCUCCACUCUUGCAUACAGCACGAUUGAAGCUGUCUCAUACUGUGCACCUCCAGCACCACCAGACAGUCUACGAGGCUGCAACACCCCCGAAUGCCAGCUACACACCCGUCGAGUUCUCCACGCAAUCGAGCAAUUCGAGUCCCUGCUCACACUUCCCGCUAAUAUCGCCGGCCACACCCCUUUCAUUAUCUGCAUGGUCGCCAACGUGGCCAUCGCCCACCUCUCCGCCUGUCGGUAUGUCUUCCAGGGCCAGGAGCUACAGCUCAAUCGAGAACGGAUUCGCGUCACCAUGGGGGUGUUAAAGACGCUGGGUGUGUACUGGCCUCUGGGUAAACGGACGUACCAGGAGAUCAGUGUGGUCGCUCGGGAGAUUUUGUCGCUGGAUCGACCGUCGCAGUCGCCGCCGAUGAUAGACGAGCCAGUGCAUCGUCCGACGGAGCUGAUAGAGGAUAUGCCUGCGUUUAUACCAGAAUUCGCUGUGGAAUCGAAUUCGGACUUUUGUAAUUUGUUUGAUUUGGAUUUCCAUGAGGCAGCUAUGCGGGAUGCUUGGGCGCAGGACAUCGCUGUUGCUUAG